CCCACCUGCCUAAUAUAGCCGUAAGAUUAAUAUUGGUUGGUGGUGCCGGCUGGCGGAGGGUAUAUAGUAGGGUGGAGAGCUGCCUCCCUCUGUCCACUCCCGAGUCCUGCCGCAGCCAUGUCCCGCAAGUCCGGCUCCCGCUCCUCCUCCAAGAGGUCCAAGAAGUCAGGAGGAGGAAGCAAUGUGUUUGAUAUGUUCACACAGCGGCAGGUGGCCGAAUUUAAGGAAGGCUUCCAGCUGAUGGACCGCGAUAAGGAUGGUAUAAUCGGCAAGACUGAUCUCCGCGCCACUUUCGACGAAAUCGGCCGUAUCGCCACCGACCAGGAGUUGGACGAGAUGCUUGCUGACGCUCCCGCCCCCAUCAACUUUACUAUGUUGCUCAAUAUGUUCGCAGAGAGGCAAACGGGCGAGUCUGACGACGACGACGUGGUAGCAAAAGCCUUCUUAGCCUUUUCGGACGCCGAGGGACUCAUAGACUGUGACGUCUUCCGUCACGCUCUCAUGACGUGGGGAGACAAGUACUCGGCUCAAGAAGCGGAUGACGCACUCGAUUCCAUGGAUGUUGAUGACAACGGCAAGAUCGAGGUUCAGAGCAUCAUCCAGAUGUUGACUGCUGGAGGCGGUGAUGAUGCACCCGCGGCCGAAGACACUGCCUAAACAAAAUUAUAUUAUAUAUAUACAUAUCUGUCCCUUCUACCACUGCCCCCAGCAUCUUCCCCAAGCACAUGCCCACCCACGCCCACCUUUACCACGCGAAGCUUAAACUUUCAAUGAGUAACCCACUGCCAGCAGUGGGCGGGGCUUCGGGCUGGACCUUCGUUAUUGUGGUGUUGUGAUUGUGAGAAGCCAUCUAAAUUCGAUUCAGUGAUUCCCAGCACACGCAAGAACAUUCAGAGAGAGAGAGAGAGAGAGGAAACAAAUAUACGACGAACCCUGGCUCUAGUGGCUGAUAUUAUUGUUGAUGGUCGAUAACUGCAAAUAAAGUUAAAUAUUGAACGAG